GAAGGCGGUGUUUCGCCUGCCAGGGCUCCUGCGGCUGGUCCUUCCAGCCUCCUGGGACUUUGGCUUGCUUUACCCGCCGAGCUCCUGGCAAGGGUUGUUCGGGGAUGCCGCUCGGCCGCUUUCCACGAGGAACUUAACCCGCCGUGCCUACCUGCCGGAUGGGACCGCCGGAAUGCUCUAAAGUCUACAGUGAAUAUUGAACUGCUGAGGAAUUUGGGAAAAGACAAGCUGAAGUUCCCAUUCCAUGGAUCCCUUGGGUGCACCUUCCCAGUUUGUGGAUGUGGAUACACUACCAAGCUGGGGCAAUUCUUGUGAAGAACAAUUAACUACUUCUGAUACUGCAGCUGAAACAUAUCAGGAAGAGACUAUUAGAUCACCUUUUCUUUACAAUAAGAAUAUCAAUGGAAAAGUGGUUCUCUGGAAAGGAGAUGUGGCAUUACUAAACUGUACAGCUAUUGUGAAUACCAGCAAUGAAAGCCUUACUGAUAAGAAUCCUGUGUCAGAAAGUAUCUUCAUGCUGGCAGGGCCUGAUUUGAAGGAGGACCUCCAGAAGCUUAGAGGUUGCCGGACAGGUGAAGCAAAAUUGACAAAAGGAUUUAAUCUAGCUGCCCGGUUCAUCAUUCACACAGUGGGACCUAAGUACAAGAGCCGCUAUCGCACAGCCGCUGAGAGUUCCCUAUACAGCUGCUACAGAAACGUACUUCAGCUGGCAAAAGAGCAGUCCAUGUCUUCUGUUGGAUUCUGUGUCAUCAAUUCUGCAAAACGAGGUUACCCUUUAGAGGAUGCAACACACAUAGCACUUCGCACGGUAAGGAGAUUCCUCGAAAUUCACGGAGAGACUAUUGAAAAAGUAGUAUUUGCUGUCUCUGAACUUGAAGAGGCUACUUACCGAAAGCUGCUACCUCUGUACUUCCCAAGGUCAUUAAAGGAGGAGAGUUGCUCAUUGCCGUACCUACCUGCAGAUAUUGGAAAUGCAGAAGGGGAGCCUGUGGUACCCGAACGGCAGAUAAGAAUAAGUGAAAAACCUGGUGCCCCGGAGGACAACCAAGAAGAGGAGGAUGAAGGCUUGGGAGUUGAUCUGUCUUUCAUUGGCUCUCAUGCUUUUGCUCGAAUGGAAGGAGAUAUUGAUAAGCAAAGAAGACUGAUCCUUCAAGGACAGUUAUCAGAGGCAACCCUGCAGAAGCAGCAUCAAAGAAAUUAUAAUCGCUGGUUGUGUCAAGCAAGAUCUGAGGAUCUAUCUGACAUUGCUUCUCUAAAAGCCUUAUACCAAACAGGUGUUGAUAACUGUGGUCGCACGGUAAUGGUGGUAGUUGGAAGAAACAUUCCUGUAACAUUAAUAGAUAUGGACAAGGCGCUCUUAUAUUUUAUCCACGUAAUGGAUCACAUUGCUGUGAAGGAAUACGUAUUAGUGUAUUUUCACACACUGACCAGCGAAUACAAUCACCUGGACUCUGACUUCCUGAAGAAACUCUACGAUGUUGUUGACGUCAAGUACAAGAGGAAUUUGAAGGCUGUUUAUUUUGUUCAUCCAACAUUUCGUUCAAAGGUAUCAACAUGGUUUUUUACCACCUUUUCUGUCUCAGGACUGAAGGACAAAAUCCACCAUGUGGACAGCCUCCACCAGCUGUUUUCUGCCAUCUCGCCAGAACAGAUCGACUUUCCUCCUUUUGUCCUUGAAUAUGAUGCCAGGGAAAAUGGGCCUUAUUAUACAUCUUAUCCCCCAUCACCAGAUUUGUGAUCUGCUAUCUUUCAGUGCUGCUGGUUUCUAAGGACACCACUUUCUCCAGAGAUCACUACCUAUUGAAGUGAUAUUCAUUUUUGCUGUACAGCUCCAGAGAGCCUUUUGUCCCCACCUCUCUGGUAUUUUUUUAUUGACUGUAUAUUUUCUGGCACAUAAGCAAUCUGAAAAUGGUAGGCCAUUCUGAACUGUGCACUUAUUUUAAAUUUGUAUAUUUGUAUCAAAUGAAAAUGUUCACUUUUCGAGGGUUGUUAAUAGAAAUUGGGGAGCAACUUUUGAGUAUCUUCAGUCUCCUGAAAGGACACUGGAUUCUCCAUUAGACAAGCCACAAUAUUGUUCACAUCAUCUCUUUAACAUUGCACGCUUUCUUUGUGUACUCAAGUGUUUCUCAAAAUAUAUGGAACCAAUGUAUGCUGAAUGGAUGCCUUGUUUGCUUCAGACCCUGGCAUUACGUUUUAUACAAAUAAUUCAGUUAUGAUAAAAGAGAAUUGUCUGGGAUCAAGGAUGUAGAAAUGUAUCUGAUCAAAAACGUCAAAAUCGUUAGCAAAAUAUAGGUCUUAGAAUUUUACCGCACCAGUUAAGACCGAGACUUAAGGACUAAAGUUCCUUAGAUGGUAUGAUUUAAGAUUGUCACUGUUCUGGUCUCAACAGUGGGGGAAAACAAGACUGUUUCUUCAGCCUUUUUCCUAUCAUCAUAGAUGGUUUGGUCUCCUUAUUCAACAGGACUGCGCAUAUUAGUACUCUUAAGUGGAGGGCGUCUCCUAAGAUGCCAUCAGUGAGUGUUAGAGAGAGUGCCGCUUUCCCAGAGUCAUGAAUGAUUUUGUUUGGCUCUUAGGUCUGCUUUCUCUAAGGACAUUUCCUAGCAGUGUGUCUUGAGUUGCCUACAUCAAAAUGAAGGGAGUGUGUUGCAGUGAACAAAAUUCCAGACCACUUUUGCAACUCAGGCUCUAUUUGUGCCUUAGCUUGAAUAAAAAUUAGAAUUAUGCUACCUACCUCACAGAGGUAUCAUGAGGAUAACAUUUAGAAAGGGUUUUUGACAUCUUUGGAUGAAAAAUGCUAGGAGAGUUUGUGUGGUGGGGUGUCUUUAGUUAGUUUUUAAAUGAUAACAAAUAUCCUUGAGGGAGUGCAACAAGGCACUCCUCUUGUCUUUGGCACCUUUUGAGUGAUUUCCGUUUUCUUGGGACAACAGCUGUUAGUGCAAAACACCAACCCUUAGGACCUCCUUCCUACUUUGUCCAGAAUGUCUUCUGUCCUACUCCUCUUUCAGUGCUACACUUUAACAAGAGGCAUAUGUUAGCCGUUUUAAACACUACUUCUUGAAUUAAGGUCAAACCAUUAUCAUUUCCAUCAGGGUUUCUUCAUAUUCCUUUUGAAUCCUACGUUCACUCCCCAUCUCUCUCACCCCAUCAUGUACACUGGCAGUUCAGAGAAGAAAAAGUAGAACUCUUCUGUUCUAAUGUGCUCAGGAUUGGUGCUUCCAAGGGUCCCACUCCCCUAUGUCCAGAUUAAUUCUUCAGUGGAGAUAAAAGAAACAUAUUUCUUCAUUUAUUCCAGAGAACCCCCCCGGCCAUAGUUGUGUUAACCCCAUCCUCUGUUUUCCCAUAUAAGCAAGAAGGGGCUUUACAUUUCUCAGAUAAGCAGUCUUAUCUUUUGCAUGUAAUGGACACAUUUGCUUUGUGCCAGAAAUCAAAACCACGUGUUCCUUACAUAUACUUACUUGUUAAGGACUUCCUGUUAUGUUCCCUAAGUCAUCAGGUCUAGACAGCCAGUCAAAUGUCUGGUAUUAAGCUUCAUCUCAAACAGUACUCCUUUCAUCCCUUGAGCCUUGACCUUUAGAAAUCUGAAAAAUUAGCUUCAUCUUCUCCAGUAUAUAUGAGGUGUCGUUUCACUAGGAGCAGUUGUAGAAAUAUGCCAUCUUUUCUCUGUUAAAGCUGGACUUGGCUACCUCACGUUGGCAUCUGGCCUGAAUCAUUUCCUCUAUAGAUAAUAGAGGGUGCAAGCUACUUUACUAUUUGAAAGGGAGCAAAUUUUACAAUUUCUUAUAGGCAAUAAUUUUGAAAGGAUGUCCCUUUGGUAUAUUCGCAGCAGUAUACUAAUGAUUAGUAACACAAGCAAGAAUGUUCAAUUGCUGUCCUAGGGUGUAAAAGUGGUAUGGGACUAUGUACAUAUCAACUGCAUUUUAUAAUUUAAUGGUGACUAAAGAUAAGGUUGCUCUGCUCAGUGAAACUGAAUUUGGUAUGGGACCAAGUACAUGCUUUUAUAGCUGUCUGAAGUGUUAUGUAAUGAAGGUCUUUCAACGUACUAAAUCCUAGGAGGGGAACAUAGUGACCUUGAUAUUGAAAUGAUAAAGUAAUGUUCACUAUAUAUCUGCCUUUGUCAGAAGGUUGGAUAGCCUGGGUAACACAUGCCACCUUCAAGGACACAUUAGAGGGAGGAUAAAGGGGUGGAGAUGACCACUAGCAUCUGAUGUUAAUUCAGAGCACCCUCAAGUCCUUAAUUUAGUUAAACUUUGGUCAUGCCAAAUGCUAGUUGAAUUGAGGAAGAAACUACUUACAAAAUAUUAAUUUAAUUCAUUAAUUAGUUCUUGCAAGGCAUAAUGUGAAUUAUAAAACAAGUAUGUUUCUUGCUUCAGCAUAUAUUUGGAUUCUUAAUUAAUCUAUAUUUAUUUCAUUAUUUCUUGAUAGCAAAAAUGACCUCUUGAAAAAAACUCAGUAUUUAUUAGACUCUUAAACCUUAGAGACCAAGUGGUUCAUAUUUUAAAGAUCUUCUUUUCUUUAAUAUAUAUCU